UGGCGAUAUUGUCGCGAACAUAACGCGGCAAUUUGCCUGUGUUGCAAUCAAGCAGAAACACCUUCAAAAAAAAAAGAAGCAAAAAAAAUCGUAUUAAAGAAAAAACCACGAAAAAUAACGGCAAUAGCAACAAUAGCAGCAUUUGAAAAAAGUUUAUAUUUAGAAGAUAAAUAAAAACACAUUUGAAUACGUCAAAAUGUCGGCGAAAAAUAUGAGCGACGGUGAGAAACCAGGUGUGGUGAAUAUUUUGUUAUAGAAAUAGGUAACAAAAGACGAUUCACUCGGAACAGAGAACACUGAGAAGUGAGAAAACGCAACCAACCAACUAAACAAGCAACCCAUAAACAACAUUAAGAACAAUUAUUAAGUACCUUGUACAAAUUGAAGUGAGCUGAGUACGUGCUCAGCAAAAUGUAUGGCAAUCGCGUCAUUGCGCCCAACGCCAACGUCAACGCCAACUGCAGCGUCAGUGCCGGUAAUGCCGGUCGCACUAUGCAUCGUGGUGGAGUUGAGCCAACAAAAGCCGGCUACGAUGGAGCCAACGCGAUCGGCGCAGUAACAACAACCAUGACCACAACACCACAGCCAAUGAGAGUAACAGCGGCACCAACACCAGCACCAACACCACCACCACCACCACCAACACCAUCAUCGUCACUAGCAAUGAGAGAUGGAGCGGCGGCAAUAAUGGGAGCAAAUAAUGCGACAGGGAGAAAUAUGGUAGGAGGAACAUUGGAGCAGAAAUUGUCGCCGACGAGUGGAGCGAACGCGACAGCAAGCGCAUCAAAGCCAGUAAAUUCAUACGUUAGCAGAAAUAAAAAUUCAGUUGAAGGUGGACCGCGUGCGCAGACGGAUAUAACGGAUUGCGAAUUGUUGAGCAGACAAAAAGCAAAUCAGCAGCAGCAGCAAAAAGAACAAAAGGAAACAGUGCGUCAAUUGCAACUGACAACAAAUCAACAGCAACAACAACAACUACAAAACUCUGUAAAUUUCAAAGCUAACAAUAACAGUGCGACAAAAACAACAACAAAACCAACGCCCCCAACAGUUGGUAUUAGUAGUAGUAGUAACAAUAAUACUUUCGGUCAAACGUCAUCGGCGACGAUUUAUUUAAAUCAGAAAAACCACAACAACAACAACAACAAAAACGCGAGUGCUAACACAAAUUUCGGGCGACAACCGCUGCAACAGCAAACGCAGAGUAAUUACGUGUCGAGCGCAAAUUUAAACGCGAGUGCAAACGCCUACGGUGAACAUAAUCAAUACAACAACAACAACAACAACUACAGCAAAAAAGAAAGCUGCUUCAAUCAUCUCAAGCACUAG